AUGGAAGACUCCAUAAUUAAUGUCUCCAACCAUACUCCAGAUGUUCAGGCUUCCAAGAAAAGGCAAGCGGCUGAGAAGAUUGUGGUGACAGUGAAGCUUGAAGAAAAUGAAGGGAAAAAGAGGAGUGAAAACGCUUCUUGUGAUUGUUGGUCUUGGAGGAAAUAUGGCCAAAAACCCAUUAAAGGAUCUCCUUAUCCAAGGGGCUACUACAGAUGCAGCACGUCCAAAAGUUGCUCGGCCAAGAAACAAGUGGAGUUAUGUAGAACAGAUGCAUCGAUGCUCAUCAUCACUUACACUUCUACUCAUAAUCAUCCAGACCCUACUCUCCCAAAAAAACCCAAAACCAAAAUCCUCCUCCAUGAUUCAAUUUCCGAAACGAAUACAGCCCCUGAUCAACUAGAUCAAGAGAACGAAAAUCAGAAACAGGUAACUACUAUUGCCGUGGAAGAUGAAGAUGCUACCACGUGCACUGAAAACGAUAACUUCCACUACAUCCAAACCCCAGAAGACGAAACCCGCUUGACACUAAACCUGGAAAACACAUUCUUUGAUGAAGAGCCCCUCUCAUAUCCCAAUCUCAUGACCUUUUCGGCACCAAAAACGGAAGAAAACGACUUCUAUGACGAACUUGAAGAACUACCCAUGUCUUCCUCAUCGUUCAAGAUUUUCAUGAGAAGCAAUUUUUUUGAGGAGAGAGUUCUUGUUCAACCUCCUUAAUCCCAAUUGUGUAAUUACAUCUAGUUAAGUUGUUCAUAAUAUUAGUUAGCUAGUUAAUAACAUGCUGAAAGGCAUCUUAUUUCUCCCUCAAUCCGGUAAAACACAUGGACUAUAUAAUGUUCACAUAUAUAGUGGAUUAGCUAGUGCAUGUUAGCUUCCUAGAUGUUUGUGUUUUUAAUUUAAAAGUUACACGAGGAUCACGAGGUCAGAGUGCACACGAGCAUAUAAGAGGAGCUCCGCUUUUUCUUUCUCGGAGCAUAAGUGGGAACACAGUUGUACCAUUGGAAGUAUGCCCUUUUCUGCACUACAGAAAAAGGUUUUGGCUGUAGUGCCAGAAUCUAUCUGCUACGAAGUGGGCGACAAACAUUUUGGUUUUGUUGAUGUCUUGUUACCACUAGCAGUUGAAGAUUCCUCUUUUCGCUAUAUGCCAAAUCUAAAACCUCCACAGAUUCUUGCAUGUUGAUUCAUAGGUUACUAGAGCCACCAACUAUGAUUAGUUUGAGGUGAAAGAAUUGAUGAUUGGACUAUCAAGUACC